UGGAACAGCAGGAAGGGAGAAAAUGAGGGGAGAGGUGGAGGCUGGAGGGGGGGUAACGGACGGGGCUGGAGUGGACGACCUUGGAGAUCACGGGGUGCUAACCCUCGACCCAGCACUUCAGGGUUUGGAUCGCAACAGCCUAAAACCACACAGACAACACUGGACCAUAUGUGCCAGUACAAAGGCUGGAGACUCUACUUCUCAGAAGGUUACAUUGAAAGUUCUCCAUACAUCCAAAAGAUUCAGGCAUUUGAAGAGUACUUCACAUCACGAAUUGACCUCUAUGAUAAAGAUGAGAUCGAGCGAAAGGGCAGUAUCCUGGUGGACUACAAAGACCUUCUCCUGGACCCACAGCUCUCUGACGCCCUGCCUGACCUGGCUACACAGCUGAGAGAAAUGCCAGAGAAGCUUCUGGACUGUCUGGGCUUGGCUAUUCACCAGGUGCUGACGAAGGAUCUGGAGAGACAUGCUGCGGAGCUCCAGGGCCAGGAAGGGCUGCCCACUGGCACCCUACCAAUCGUUAGCAUACCGCACAUCAGGGCCAGGGUGUAUAACUACGAGCCCCUGACGGCUCUGAAGACGCUGCGGGCGAACCUGUACGGGAAGUAUGUGGCGCUACGGGGCACGGUGGUGAGAGUGAGCAACAUCAAGCCCCUCUGCAGCCGCAUGGCUUUUGACUGCAACGCCUGUGGAUUCACGCAGUCUCUACCCUUGACCGACGGCAAAUUCACCACUCCGACCAAGUGUUUGCAGGUCGAUUGCUGUGGGCGUUCAUUCACGGCCAACAGAAGCUCGCCCCUCACACUAACUGUAGACUGGCAGUCUAUUAAGAUUCAGGAGCAGAUAUCAGAUGACCAGCGGGAGGCCGGGAGGAUCCCCAGGACCGUGGAGUGUGAGCUCACUCAGGACCUGGUGGACAGCUGUGUCCCGGGGGACACGGUCACCAUCACGGGGGUGGUCAAAGUGUCCAACGAGGAAGCGAACGGGAGGAAUAAGAAGGAUCAGUGCAUGUUCCUGCUGUAUGUGGAGGUGAACUCGGUCAGCAACUCCAAGGGCCAGAAGUCCAAGGAAGCGGUGGAGGUGGAGGCUCAGGGGGCCUCGUUGGAGUUCUCCCUCAAAGACCUCUACGCCAUACAGGAGAUCCAAGCGCAGGAAGACCUGUUCAAGCUCAUAGUCAAUUCUCUUUGUCCAGCCAUCUACGGACACUUGCUGGUGAAGGCGGGGUUGGCGCUCGCUCUGUUCGGGGGCUGUCAGAAGUUUGUGGACGAUAAGAACCGUAUCCCCGUCAGAGGAGACCCUCACAUGCUGGUGGUGGGAGACCCAGGACUGGGCAAGAGCCAAAUGCUACAGGCGGUGUGUAACGUGGCCCCCCGGGGCAUCUACGUCUGCGGGAACACCACCACUACCUCAGGGCUCACCGUGACCCUGUCUCGAGACAGCGGGUCCGGGGACUAUGCCCUGGAGGCCGGGGCCUUGGUUUUAGGAGAUCAAGGCGUGUGCUGCAUCGAUGAGUUUGAUAAGAUGGGCAGUCAGCACCAGGCCCUCCUGGAGGCCAUGGAGCAGCAGAGCAUCAGCCUGGCUAAAGCGGGCAUCGUGUGCACCCUGCCCGCCCGCACCUCCAUCAUCGCCGCCGCCAACCCUGUGGGCGGCCACUACAACAAGGGCAAGACCGUCUCGGAGAACCUCAAGAUGGGCAGUGCGCUCCUCUCCCGGUUCGACCUGGUCUUCAUCCUGCUGGACACGCCCAACGAGGACCAUGACCACCUGCUGUCGGAGCACGUGAUGGCCAUGCGCGCGGGCAGGAAGGGGGCGCUGAGCAGCGCUGCGGUCGCCCGGACCCCCACACAGGACCCCAACGUCUCCCUGCUGGAGGUCUCUGCGGACAAGCCCUUAUCGGACCGCCUGAAGGUUCUCCCUGGGGAGGUGCUGGACCCCAUCCCCCACCAGCUGCUGAGGAAGUACAUUGGGUACGCCCGGCACUACGUGCACCCCACGCUGUCCGCAGAGGCUGCGCAGGUCCUGCAGGACUUCUACCUGGAGCUGCGCAAACAGAACCAAGCUGCCGACAGCACGCCCAUCACCACACGCCAGCUGGAGUCUCUCAUCCGCCUUACUGAGGCAAGAGCCAGGCUGGAGCUACGAGAAAAGGCUACAAGAGCAGAUGCCGAAGAGGUUGUGGAAAUAAUGAAACACAGCAUGCUGGACACCUACCAGGACGAGUUCGGGCGGCUGGACUUCAACCGCUCCCAGAUGGGGUCGGGCAUGAGCAAACGGUCCCAAGUGAGGAAGUUUGUGUCGGCGCUGAACCAGAUCGCCGAGCGCACCUACAAGACCACAUUUGAGCUCCAGCAGCUCCGCCAGAUCUCCAGAGAGCUCAACAUUCAGGUUGCAGAUUUUGAAGGUUUUAUCAGCUCUCUGAAUGAACAGGGCUACCUUUUGAAGAAGGGGUCAAAGGUUUACCAGCUUCAAACCAUCUGAAUGAACAUGACCAUGGUCAGCACCUUCAUCUGAAUAAGCAUGACUGUGCUAAACAUCUCACUGAAGAUGGAAAGGAUGACAGGAUCCCAGCUAGAUGUAUUUAUUUAAAAAACAAAGAAAAACUGUAGGAGGGUUUCAUAUUCAUGUUUGUUUUCAUGUUUGUUUAUCCAUUGACAACUUUUUUUUUUAUAACACUAUUUGUCAUUUUAAAAAUGUCAGCCUGUAUUACUAUUAUUUAAUUAACAAAAUGUUGUUUAAGCUGUGAUAUUUUUCUUUUACUUCAUGACAAACCAAGCUUUGAAUGCUUUAGAAGGAAAAAAGAUACAGAUGAAAAAGCACAAGUCUGCACAGAGUGAAUCAAUAAAUGAGCAGAGCGAGACAGUGCUGUGAAAAAAAUA